ACCUUUUGAGCAUGUGUGUUCGCUGAAGUACGACAAAAUUACAAAACUGUCACUUUCCGAGCUUUUACUUGAAAAAUGGUUAAAAUUGGCAUUAUUGGCGGAACCGGGAUGGAUGACCCUCAUUUAUGGGAAAACAGAGUGGAAAAGGAUGUCGAUACUCCUUAUGGAAAGCCUUCUGAUAAAUUAAUUGUUGGAAGAAUAAAGAAUAUUGAAUGUGUUCUUUUGUCCAGACAUGGAAGAAAGCAUAAUAUAAAUCCGACAAAUGUAAAUUAUCAAGCCAAUAUGUAUGCUUUCUGGAAAGAGGGCUGUAGUCAUGUCAUCGUAACAACUGCCUGCGGAUCAUUGAAGGAUGAAAUGGCUCCUGGACAUUUAGUUUUUCUGGAUCAGUUCAUCGAUAGAACCAACAAAAGACCUUUAACUAUGUUUGACGGAGGAGAGAAUUCUUUGAAGGGGGUAUGCCAUAUUCCUAUGGGAAUGCCAUUUUGUAACAACUUGAGAGAAGUUCUUAUAAACUGUGCAAAGGAACUCCAACUUCCAUUUCACUCAACAGGAACAACAGUAACUAUUGAAGGGCCAAGAUUUAGUACAAAAGCGGAAAGUUUCCUUUUCAAAAGCUGGAAUUGUGAUAUUGUAAAUAUGACAACUGUUCCAGAAGUGACAUUAGCAAAAGAAUUAGGUAUGAGUUAUGCUUCUAUUGCUCUUGUAACCGAUUACGAUUGCUGGAAAGAAAAUGAAGAAGUGUCUGUUGAGUCUGUUAUGAAACAAAUGAAGGAGAACGCUGAUCGAGCAAGUAAACUGAUUUUACAUGCUAUCCCAGUUAUUGCAAGUAAAGACUGGACCAAAAUUAUCAAAGAUAAUCAAGAUCUUGUCGAAUCAAGUACUAUGUGA